AUGACUGAGCUGGUGAAGAAGAAGGUGGAGCUAAAGAAAAAGAUCCGCUCCUUGUUGCUGUCAGCGCCACUAGGGUUGACUCUUGAGGAACUUAUCAAGGAUUACCAUUCAUUUAUUGGUGAGAGGCUGCCCACGAGGGAGUUGGGCUACUCCAGCGUGGAGGAGUUGUUGCAGGAUAUUCCAGAUGCUGUUCAGAUGACAAGAAAUAAUGAUAUACUGAUCCUCAAAGCCGUCUCUGAUGCUUCAACGCAGAACAUUGAGAAACUUGUAUCCAAGCAAAAGCUCGAUAAUAAAAAGAGAUGGGGUGUUUUGUCCCUGGUGAGAGACAGAAACAGGACUUCCAGAGGCAGAGGAAGACAUGUCCCAAAUUCGUAUGGAAGCCAAGGCGACUAUUUUCACCUGCAAGAAGGCUCUCCUUAUUUUCCUCACCAUUCUCGAAGGUCUCCAGUGAGGCAUGCUAGACAUCGAAAUAUGCCGGUGGUGCCAGCGUAUGUUCGGGGACAAAUUAACGAGCUUAGCUUGGGAUUUUCCAGCGAGUAUGAUUUAUUUGCUAGUCUCGCAGAUAUUGUCUCCAUGAGAAAGUUUUCAUUUGGAGAAGUUCGUCUUGUGUCUGUGGAGUCUGCUUUGGCUUUAGACGGAUGCCAUAACCGCCAGGGACAACUGCAUAUCGGUGACAGCAAAAAGACAGAAGUUUGCCAAAAAAGCACACCUGGCAAACAACGAGAGCAGGCGGAAAUUA